CACAACCUCUGGCCUGCUGCAUUCCCUGUGUCCUCACUGACAAAAGCCUGUCAUGAACAAAGGAAGCUCGUUUAGUCAUGAAAACCGAGGAAAUGUCCUCUCCAGGGUUGAGAGGAGCACCAUGCCGGAGUGCGUGACGGUGUCGGAGUUCGUGCAGGAGGUCCAGGAGGACUGGAGCUCCCCCACCACCUCCUCCUUCACCUCCAAGAUGCUCAGCUGCAGGAACACCGUCUACCUGCUGGAGGAGGCUCUGGACAGCGACCGACUGGUGCUGCAGAAGAUGAAGAAAGCUGCAAAAGCCAAGUACACAUCGGGACAAGAGCACGUCUCUCAUCUGGAGCACUACAUCAACUCCAUGGAGAAACUCUCAGUCAACUGUCACUCAAACGGAGAGGCGGAGGUUGGCUCGGCCUUCUGCCGCAUGGCAGACUUUUCCAAAGAAUUCCUCUCACCCAUGAAGAACCUGCUGAAGAGCAUGCUGCACAACAUCAACUUCUUCCUGGACUCUCUGGUUAAAGGAGACCUGAGGGAGGUGAAGGGGGAUCUUAAAAAACCUUUUGACAGAGCUUGGAGGGAUUAUGAGAACAGAUUCAAGCAGGUGGAGAAGGAGAAGAGGGAGUUGGCGCGACAGUAUGGGAUGGUGAGGACCGAGGUGAGCGGCGGAGAAAUCGCAGAGGAGCUGGAGAAGGAGAGGCGCUCCUUCCAGCUGAGCAUGUGCGAGUAUCUCAUUAAGGUAAACGAGAUCAAGACAAAGAGAGGAGUCGACCUCCUUCAGAACCUCAUGAAGCACUACCACAGCCACAACAAUUUUCUGCAGGAGUGUGUCUCCACCACCCAGAGGUUGAAGCAGUACAUGGAGGAGCUGAAUGGAGUUCUGAACACGGUGAAGCAGCGCCAGGAUGAGGAGAAGCGGCAGCUGUGCACUCUCAGAGAUCAGCUGAGGCCGGUCGUCAACACGGACCAGGACUCCCUGCCUAAGCAGGUGUACAGUAUGCACCAGCUGCUGGGGGACAAACAGUACGGGACCGAGAGGUCGGGUUUCCUGUACAAGAAGAGUGAUGGUUUGAGGAAAAUGUGGCAGAAAAGGAAAUGUUCAGUUCACAACUGUUACCUGACAAUCGCGCACGCGACUCCUAAUAAACCUCCCACCAGACUCAACCUGCUCACAUGUCAGGUGAAACCCAGCGUGGAGGACAAGAAGUGCUUUGACCUCAUCUCUCAUAAUCGGACGUACCACUUCCUGGCUGAGGAUGACGCGGAGUGUGUGGCGUGGAUCUCGGUGCUCAGCAACAGCAAGCAGGAGGCUCUGAGCAUGGCUCUGGACGGGUGUAGGAGAGGAGGAGAGGGAGGUGAAAGCAGCGUGGAGGAUCUGACCCGGGCCAUCACCGACGACAUCCGCAGGAUGCCUGGAAACAACAGCUGCUGUGACUGUGGCGCUCCAGAUCCCGGGUGGCUCUCGACAAACUUGGGGAUCCUGACCUGUAUCGAGUGUUCAGGGAUCCACAGGGAGAUGGGGGUCCACGUCUCAAGGAUCCAGUCUCUUAGUCUGGACAGUCUGGGGACCUCAGACCUGUUGUUGGCCAGGAAUGUUGGUAAUUCUGGUUUUAAUGAAAUCCUGGAGGCGAACCUGCUGAGUCCGUCACUGAAGCCGUCCCAGCUCAGCCACAUGACGGAGCGCAAGGACUUCAUCCUGUCGAAGUACCAGGAUGUGCACUUUGUAAGGCGAAACCACAGCUCUUCCGCAGUGCUGCGACUCGGCCUGCAGGAGGCGACGAAGAGCUGCGACAUCUACAGUCUGAUCCAGCUGUACGCUCAGAAGACGGAGCUCUGCCAGUCACUGCACACACACAUACAGGAAAAAGGGGAGACAGCUCUUCAUUUAGCCGUCCUGCUGGCUGACAGGACGUCACUGCACAUCCUGGACUUCCUGUCUCAGAACUGCUCCAACGUGGACGUGCAAACGGCAGCGGGAAACACGGCGCUGCACUACAGCUGCCUGCACAACAAGAGUGACUGUGUGAAGCUGCUGCUGAGAGCCCGAGCCAACACACACAUCAAGAACGAUUUAGGAGAAACUGCUCUGGACGUGAGCCGGAGGCUGAAGCACAGCCACUGCGAGGCGCUGCUGCAUCAGGCCCAGUCCAACCAGUUUGAGCAUCACAUCCAUGUGGAGUACGAGUGGAGGCUCCGUCACGACGAUCUGUACGACAGCGACGACGACUUUGAUGACAAGAACGGUCCAGUGAAGAAGGAGCGCGUCUCUUCCUCCUCUUCCUCCGCCUUCACCCCCUCCUUCUCCUUCUCCUCCUCCCGUCCCUUCAGCUUCAGUCAGUCGUCCUCCUCCUUCGUGGCCCCCCCCUCCUCCGGAGCCCCGGGUGGGGGUCUCCUCAGUGUGGGGAGGAGGCUGGCCAUGGCCAUGGAGCUCCACAACCGUCCCUCGGGCUCCGUCCCCAGCCCCCCUCCUCCACCCCCGUCCUCCCCCGCUCCGCCGCUGCCCCCCCGAGUCAAAGCUCCAAAUGUUCCUCCCCCUCCUCCUCCUCCUCUUCCCCCUCCCAUGGGAGGAAACGGAGUGAGGGAGGAAGAGGAGGAAGAUGGGGAGGUUUUCUUCCCUCUGACAGGCUCUAGAAAGACAACCCCUCCUCCUCCCAUCGCCGUUCGGCACAAGAGGACCUGCUCGGAGUCUAAUAAGCACGAUUAUGGGUUGCCAACCAGUCCCAGGAUCUACAGCGGUCCAGAUUCCUCCUUUAAGAAGUGUGUGCCAUCUUCACCUCUCAGCUCGCUGACUGAACGGCCAGACAGAGGGUUUCGAUGUGUGGAAAGUGACAUUAGCUCCUCCAACUUCAUCAACUCAGCCAGCAAAGCUCCGGCCAACGGGUCGCCGCCCACCAAUCACCGCUCCCAGAGCUUUGAGAGUGACGGCAGAGGUCCCGCCCCUCAGCCGCUGCCCCGCAGAUCACUGCCCCGGGGGACAGCCAGUCGGCGGGCUCAAGCGUUGUACGACUGCCAGGCGGACCACCACGACGAGCUGAGCUUCUCCGAGGGCCAGAUGUUGGUGGUUCUGGGUCAGGAAGACAGCGACUGGUGGCACGGUUACAUAGAGGACGAACCGGACCAAAGAGGCUUGUUUCCGUCCUCCUUCGUCCAGCUGCUCUCUGAAUGAUGUGAACUGGGACUGGACCGGGAACCGGCUCGACUCCAGGCGAGCGCAGCUACACAUCAGAACCAGAGGAACCAGAUACUUGAACUAAAAGGCAGAACCAGAUGUGCAGUGGAUCGGAUGAGAGGUUUGAGCCGUGGCAAACUCUGCUUCCCAGGGUCAGAAGCAAACAAAAAAAAAAAAAAAAAAAAUUUACCUCUGGCGCCCUGGAAGUUCACACAAUGGCAGUUCAGCUACUAUCGCCACGGCAACUGGCAUUCCUGAAGACUCGUUGCCACGGAAACAAUGUGGAUGACCUUUGAGGAAAGCCUUUUAGGCCACACGCCAUUUCUGUUUGGCUCAGGUGAGGUGACGUUGCCGAGGAGACGACCUCACAUGAACAGGUCGGCCGUGACUCGCGUCUCCAGAGACUGUGUAUUCAGUUACGAUUAAAGAUACUUAAAUAAGGAUGUGAUAUCAGUCACGUCACAGGAACACAGGCGGUUUUAUUUGGAAACCAAGCAUAACUUCUCGUUUGUGUCGCAUUUAUUUGAUGUGACUGAUUGUGUUGAAUAUCAGCUGCUGCUGUGUUUCAACUCCUCUUCACAAACGGGUGUUUUAAAGCAGAUUAGAGCACAAACGUUAUCCUGGGCUACUGAAGACCAAAUCUCAACAUUCAGGUAAAAACUGGUCUCUGAAACAGGGCGGAUUUCACAGGAGACCUGACCUGAAAGGAGAUACGUCUGAUAUUUCCAGCUGCCUUCUUGCCCCACGAUGUCACAACCCCUCAGAGUAAAGCACAGCAGCAGAUCUCUGCCACUCUUCAAGUAGUCUUGAUCUUUAUACAGGAUAUUUUUCUCAAUAAGGGCAUAACUGAACAAUAUUUUCAGAGAUCAAGUUCUGCGUGUCGGUGUUACCACAGAAACAUGGAAAACUGUUCAAGUUAAAAAAAAAAGAUACUGUUACUCUAAUGAAAGUUAAAAGAAGUCGGUUGUAAGACCCAUUUUCUUUUUUUUUUUUUUAAUUUUUUUUAACGAUGUUUAGUCUUCAACUCGGCGCAAAUGAAGUAAUUUCCAACACGACAUUCCCUCUCUGUUACUUGUCUGUAAACCUGAUUAUGUUGCACAACGACUGCCGGUUUGACCAGAAUUACUUCUUGUUUGAUAAUAUUGAACAAUAACAAACUGUUUAAGGUGUCUGGACUUUUUAUAUCAAGAAAAAAACUAAAAUCCUAAUUGGGAAACAAUUGUUGAAAGUUGUUUAAUCAGUAAUUGUUUAGUUGAUCAUGUAAGACCCUCAUUUAAAAAAAAAAAAAACAAACAAAAAAUCUCAACAAUGCUUAUUAUGAUGCGUUUCAUGACAACUACGUUUUAAAAGCAUCACAGACAUCUGCUGCUGGAUUGUCUCAUUUAUAGACUACCGGUAGAUUUACUCAAGCUUCUCAUCAAACAUGGAUUUUGACUAACUCACCUAUAACGUCACCGUUAAACUUUUACUAAAUUAAUAUGCAUUUAUCAGCAGAAAUAAUCUCCUCUACAAACACUCAACUAUCCUUUUCUUGCACAUCUGGAAUAAACCCAAAGUUUUAGAAAAAUGUGGACAAAUUCAUACAAAUCCUUACAAAUGCAACAUUUAGGUGGUGAUGGACAAAUACACUUGUUUUUUUUUUUUUUUAAACUUUAUAUUGUAUUUGAGAAUAGAAAAUGUUUGACAAAUGGUACGUUAACUGAGCUUUUAUUUUUUAAAAAAGGAGCUACAUUUAGAUACAAUUAUAAAUCUGUAAUGCUAUUAUAGUUGCAAGUGCAAGACAAGUGUUGUGAAAAUUUAAAUGUUAACAUAAAUUAAAGUAAAUUUAUCGAAUGGCUUUGGCUCCAUCAUAAAGGUUUUAGCACACGUUGCAGCAUCUCGAUGUCAAGUCUUAUCUUAUCAGUGUUAUUUACAGUAAAUUUCAUGUGUAUGAUGUGGCUCAUUUGAAGCGGCGGCCAGAUGGAGCAGUAAACCACACAUUUGUUAAUCGUCAACCGUAACAGUUCCACUAAACUCUUGACUGCGUCACGCCUUCAACACAAUUCCUGUUUCACCCAACAGUUGGUGUACUUGUUAGAGCAUCGUAACUGCAGGCGUGCCAGAUAUGAACACAUUAAAUUUUAUCUUUACACUGAUAAUACAGAUCCUCACUUAUAAUAAAACCUCGUCAUAUUGUCCAAAACUAAAUAUUUAGAUUAACAUGAUUGCAUAACACGUUAUAAACACCUCAAGCCACAAGUUAACAGAUGUCAAGUUUAUCAAAAUAAUUUUUAGCAUCUUUAUUGGUUUCAAAUCACAGAAAAGUUGUAAUAAAAAAACAAAAAACAGUUCAUGAUUCUGAUUUAAAUUUAUUUUAAAAGUGACACCGAAACCACAGAAAACCAAAAAUAACUUGUCUACGUACAAAAACUGAUAACCAGCAUGUUGUUAAAGUGAAACUUUUACUGCAGAAUCAAGCUCAAUGACUCAAUGAUUUAAAGCUGAACCAGCAUCAAUCUGCAUGUAAUUCCAUCAUAAACAUCUGUUAGUGACAAGCGUCAGAUCGGAGAUUAAAAAUCAACCACGUUGCUACAUUCCUGUUGGAAAUAAAACUACAUUCCCACACUGCAGAGAAUUCAAUAAGCACAACUUUGGAUUUCAAGUCACAGCAAACACAAUUUGACAGUGGAUCUGUUUACAGAGACUCUGCGCGUCAACAAUAAAAAGCUCAGAUCCAGAUGUGAAGUGCAGCUCAGGGCUCGGCAGCACAGCUGCUCUGUCAUUAAGUGGCUGAACUCAGGUUUGUGGUACAUUCAAGAGCUCAUCGACAGCUAAACUCCUUCACAGGCAAGAAUUUUCCAGAACAAAAGCAAAGUCAUGAAGCGUAUGAAAACAUUUAAAUCCACCAGCAGAUGUUUCAUAUUCAAAUAAGGCCUAUGGCAAAGCAGCACUUGGAUUUAAAGUUACCAGGUGACUUUUGUUUCUUUUUUUCUGCAGACCAACAGGUAAACUGAAGCGGCGCCACAGCCUCCAAAUGAACAUCCAGCAUUUCAAUCUUUAAAAGCAGCACAAAAGGAGCUUGUUAGUUCAGCAGCUCCCCCUGUAGGUGUGGAGGUUUACUCUCGUUUGGCUCAGUCACUCCUACGUUUUCUAUUUCAUCGUUACUUUAAGGAUCUGUGACGCGAAGCCGGACUGCAACUUGCCAUAAGAGACGGCCGGGAUGAGACUCUAAAGUUGGAGAGACCAUAAAAGCAGGACGAGGCUUCCUACGAGACAGAAGGUGUUUUGUGCUGCUUUAAAUGAACUGUUAAACACACGGCCUCGACGGAGUGCUGGUUAGUGUCACGCUUUGAUGGACAUCUCUAUUAAUCAACAGACAUUAGCAGGGGAAAUUAACUUCGUUGUACGCUGGUAGAGUCGUCAGUCAUCCCAGAGUUUACUGGUCAUUUGAUAAUUAGUCCAGAAUUCGUAAUAUUUUAAAAACACCAGUUCUGGAUACGUGUCUCUCGUGACGAGUCGGAUGGGUGACGCUGUGAAGUAGAUGUGGUUUAAAUCUCUCAAUACAACCUGCAUGUGUAGACAGCUGUGUGCAGGUCUUAAUGUCCUCAAGGAGAGACUGGAAGUGCCGUUUUCUGUACAAGUCACAGUGUUGAGAUCGUGGAGCACUGGUCGAAACGAUGCACAAAUACACCCGCUUCAGGAAGAUAGGUGGGUUUAAAUCUGCGUGGAAACAUUUGGUAGCAGCCCAACAUAUUCACAUGUUCAAACCUGCUGUAAUCCACACGGAUCAUCCCCCUUUCCUCGAAUGUUUUUGCUGAAAACUUAAUUAUCGGUUAUGUUGACACUUUAAGAGGCUUUGAAACCACAACGCAUGUCUUAGGGUUCCCAUCAUCAAAAAAGAUGAAAAAGAAGUUUUAAGUGUGGCCAAUUUAUGUAAUUACACUUUUAAUGCAGUCCUAAAUCCAGCCUGAAUGUGUAUGAUGAUGUCUCAAAGCUUUUUCGAGAGUAAACCCAGACACAAACGUUCAACUGAGUGUGACUGACAAUCAGCAACAGUUUGUUUUUGUACAUUCACAGUAAAAGGUGCAACAACGGCGGACCGGCGGCCUCCUACCUGCUGGACCAGUCUAGAAGUUAGAUCUUUUUGGUUUAACUUUAAGUACAACUUCCCAACAGCUUCUAGUAAUCCGUGCGUUGCACAAACUCGUCAUGUUACCAAUCGUUUGUUCUUAUCCAUGUUACGGUUUGUUUAAUAAAUCUUCAAAGUCGUGGUGGUGUCCUUCAUAUCCCAUCACCGGAGAUGUCAA